CCCCAAAGCUUUAUUUGUUUUCCAUUAUAAUAUGUGCCUCUUCUCCCACUAUCUUCAGCUCCUCUCAAUACCCACUGCCCCUUUUUCUUGAAACCCUGGCCUCUCUCAAUCUUACUAUUCUUGUGUUUGAUGUUUAACUUGGGGUGGAAUGGAUGCAAAUGGUAAGGCUGCAAAGUUUAGUGGAGAAAUAAGCAUGUCAGAGAACAAGAAAACCCCCAGUGAUGAAGUGGUUGUCAUGAUCUCUGGAGAUCAAAAGGAUUCUAAAAGUCCUGUUGCACCAAAACCAACAGUCCAAGUCAGUGAUUCCUCACCUGAAAUUGCCAGGUAUAGUCCAAGCCCAAGCCCCAACAAACCACCCAAAAUACCCACCACUGAAACUCUCACUCGGCGAAAAUCCCUUGCAAGAUGCACGUAUUCGAGACCUAAAUCAAGAUUCGGCGAACAAUCUGUACCUAUUGAUGCUAACAUGUUUAAUGAACAAGCUGCCGAGCCAAGUGCAAGUUCCCCCAAUUGGAAUGUAUCUAACCAUGCUUCUCCUACUGCUAAAAUGGGUACCAGUAAUACAUUUAAAGAGACAACAAGAACGGUGUCUAUAUCAGUAACCCCAAGAACACCAUUAAUGGCAUCACCAGGUGGUUUUGGAGGAGUGGAUGAAGAUGAGGAGAUAUAUAAGAAAGUGAGCUCAAGGAAUAAGUUGAAGUAUAACAGAGUUAAAGCAAAAGUUCUGAUUGAAUGGCUGCUGUUUCUUUUCCUUUUAGGAUGUUUACUUGCUAGCUUAUUGGUAAAGAAGUUCCAAAAUUGGAAGCUUUGGGAUUUGAGGAUCUGGAAAUGGAUUGUCCUUGUUAUGGUGACCUUUAGUGGCAUGCUGGUUACUAAGUGGUUUAUACAUUUUGUUGCCUUGUUGAUAGAAUUGAACUUUUUGUUAAGGAAGAAGGUGUUGUAUUUUGUCUUUGGUUUAAAGAAAAGUGUUCAAGUCUGCAUUUGGUUUAGCUUGGUUCUUCUCACAUGGGUUCUGCUCUUCUCAAACGAGGAACGGUCGCGUACCGCUGAGAAGGUUACUAAUUUUAUUACCUGGACUAUUACAGCUUUGCUUAUUGGUGCAUUCUUGUGGCUCUUGAAGACUUUGCUGCUAAAGAUUUUGGCUGCCUCUUUCCACGUAAACACAUUCUUUGACCGGAUUCAAGAGUCAAUUUUUCAUCAGUAUAUUCUACUGACCCUAUCGGGAUUCCCAGUUAUGGAGUCUGCUCAGAUGUUGGGGAGAUCAAAUAGUGCUGCCAGUCAAUUUAGUUUCCGCAGAACAAAGAAAGGAAAAGAUGGGAAGGAAAAGAAAGAAAAGGCAGUGAUUGAUAUCAAUAAACUUCAUCAGAUGAAGCGAGAAAAGGUCUCUGCAUGGACCAUGAAAACGUUAAUUGAUGUAAUAUCUAACUCAGGACUUUCCACUAUCUCUGGCUCGCUCGGUGAGAAUGACUAUGAUGCAGGUGGUGAGCAAGCAGAUAAGGAGAUCAACAAUGAGGAGGAAGCAAUUGCUGCUGCCUAUCACAUUUUCAGGAAUGUUGCAUCGCCCGGUUCCAGGUACAUUGAUGAGUAUGACCUUAGGAGAUUCUUGAUUAAAGAAGAGGUCGAUAUUGUGUUCCCCAUGAUAGAUGUGGCAGAAACUGGACAGAUUGAUAGGAAAUCAUUGACGGAAUGGGUGGUUAAGGUUUAUCAAGGACGAAGAGCUCUAUCGCAUGCUUUGAAUGAUACAAAAACUGCUGUGAAGCAAUUGAACAAGGUCGUGACAUGCAUUCUGGUUGUCAUAAUUAUCAUCAUAUGGCUCCUUUUGGUGGGGAUAGCGACUACUAAAGUGAUUGUCUUUCUGUCGUCACAACUCGUGGUAGCUGCUUUUAUUUUUGGGAAUACUUGCAAGACUAUAUUUGAAGCUAUUAUAUUCGUAUUUGUGAUGCAUCCUUUUGAUGUUGGUGAUCGAUGUGUCAUUGAUGGUGUUCAGAUGAUUGUUGAAGAAAUGAAUAUCCUGACCACAGUAUUCUUGAGGUUUGAUAACGAAAAGAUAUACUACCCAAAUACAGUUUUGGCCGUCAAGCCAAUCAGCAAUUUCUACAGAAGUCCUGAUAUGGGUGAUGCCUUUGAGUUUUCUGUUGAUUACAGGACACCUGUGGAAAAGAUAGGAGCUCUAAAAGAGAAAACAAAGAAGUAUUUAGAGAGAACUCCCCAGUAUUGGCAUCCUAAUCACAGUGUGGUGGUGAAGGAGAUUGAAAAUAUGAACAAAAUAAAAAUGGCACUCUAUUUCAAUCAUACUAUGAACUUUCAAAACUUUGGUGAAAAGAACAGACGAAGAACUGAGCUGAUCCUCGAAAUGAAGAAAAUGUUUGAUGAGCUUAACAUAAAAUAUGAUCUUCUUCCCCAGGAAGUUCAUCUUCUCGAUCAAAGAGCAGUAAGUGGAAACACUAGAUGAUCUUUAUCUUCAACUUCACAAAUACCAGUUAUUUAAGUAGCAACUGUUGCUUCCACUGCAAUAGUUUUUUUUUUUUUUUUUGGUUGAUGAAGUUUAACACCCGAUUCUGCGAUACUGGAAGUUUUGUGUAUUACAUUAAACAAUAUUUGUAACUUAAAAGUUUCAUCUGCUAAAAUUUUGUGUGGAAGUGAGUACAGUUUCUAUUUGGAGGUUCUUAGUAACAUUGUUGAUGCAAUUUUUUCAAGGGUCUUUAAAUGAAAUUAUGCUUGUUUGUUG